AUGCCCGGAAACAUUCCCGCGUUCUCGAUUGCAACAAACCCGAUCCCCAAGGAUGGCUCCGACUACGACAUGAUCGUCGUCGGUGGAGGUGUUCUGGGAUCUGCAUUCGCUGCUACUUUUGGCAAGCAGGGCAAGCAUGUCCUGAUGGUUGAGCGCGAUCUCAGCGAGCCAGACCGUAUUGUCGGAGAGCUGCUCCAGCCCAGCGGCUAUAACGCACUCAAGGAGCUCGGCCUUGCUGACUGCUUGGAGGGCAUCGACGCGGUCCCCACCUACGGCUAUACUGUGAUGCGUGGCUCCGAGCAAGUGCUUAUCCCCUACGCCAACGACAAGGACACCCAGAAGCCUGUCCAAGGUCGCUCUUUCCACCACGGACGAUUUAUCCAAAAACUCCGAGCUGCUGCAUCGCGGGCGCCAAAUGUAACGGUCGUCGAGGCAACGGUUAACAAGGUUCUCUACAACGACGAUGGUGUCCGUGCAACUGGUGUUGCAUGCACAUUGAAGGGUGCCAACGACAAGAAGCCACUCUGUGAUGAGGAUGAUGCCUUGGAGCAAUCGCCAUCGUCAUCAGCUGCUCAGUCUACAACGGUCUACCGUUCGCCGAUCGUUGUCAUUGCUGACGGUUGCUUCUCAAAGUUUCGCAAGCAGUUCCUUGGCAAGAGCGUCAGCAUUUCUUCUCACUUUGUCGGAAUUGUGCUCAAGGACUACAUCCCUCCAGCCAAGGAACACGGAAAUGUCAUCCUCGCCAUCCCUUCGCCUAUCCUCAUGUACCAGAUCUCGCCCACAGAAACUCGCAUGUUGAUCGACGUCCCCGGCAAGCUGCCCUCAGUUUCCUCGGGUGCCUUGCGCUCAUACCUCGAGAGCUCAGUCAAACCGCAACUGCCCAAGGCAGCCCAGACACCCUUCAUGAAGGCCCUCGAGACCCAAAGACUUCGCACCAUGCCCAACAGCUUCUUGCCCCCUUCUACCACCUCUGAACUGGGAGUCAUUGUAUUGGGAGAUGCUAUGAACAUGAGACAUCCCUUGACGGGCGGCGGUAUGACAGUGGCGUUGAACGAUGUGGUGUAUUUGAGGGAUUUGUUGCAGGGUAAUGUGUUGACGGAUCAGGAGGUGACGAUGGUCCAGAUGGAGUUGUUCUUCUGGAAGAGAAAGGAGCUCACUUCUGUCAUCAACAUCCUCGCCGAGGCACUCUAUACCCUCUUCUCCGCCUCAAACGACAACUUGAUUGCACUCCGAAACGGUUGCUUCAGCUACUUCCAGCAGGGCGGCGAAUGCACCCAGGGUCCCGUCGACCUCCUCUCUGGCAUGAACCGCAGCCGGAAAACACUUGCCUAUCACUUUUACCGUGUCGCUUUCCAUUCGAUCUGGCUGUUGUUCCACAAUGCUUCCUCAUUUGCAGAGUUCCCUCUGUUGUUUGUAAGGGCACUAUGCAUCUUCUGGACCGCUUGCGUGGUCUUCCUGCCCCUUGUCUGGUCUGAGUGCUGGGCAUAA